AUGCGCGCCAUGGCGGGAUGCGGGAGUGCCCUGAGGGGCGUGGCGAAGAUGAGAGGAGAGGCGAUGAGAGGAGAGGCGAUGGCGCAUACUCUCCGAUGCUUCUCCUCCACUGCUGACAAGAACAGCUCCAGCCCCAGGAGCUCCAGGAUCUCCAAGUUCCAUGCUCUGACAGUGUCCCAGCGCCUGGCGGCGCUACAAGAGGCAGGGUUCGUGAGCCAGGAGGCACUGAAAGCGCUGGAGGGAGAGGGACUGGAGCUGAAACAGGCAGAUCAGAUGAUCGAGAACGUCCUGGGGACCUUCAAGGUGCCCAUGGGCGUCGCUCUGAACAUGAUUGUCAACGGCAGAGACUACGUCGUUCCUAUGGUGCUGGAGGAGCCAUCAGUUGUCGCAGCAGUGAGCAACGUGUCGAGGAUGGCGAGGCCUGAGGGGUUCGUUGCUGAGUCGGACGAUCCGGUCAUGAUAGGGCAGAUGAACGUGCUCAACAUCGAGGAGGGCAAGUUGGAUGGAGCAGCAAGUGCGCUGAGAGCCAACUUCGACAAGCUCACCGCCAUGGCCAACGAGCUCCAUCCCCGUCUGCUGCAGAGGGGAGGAGGCAUCAGGGGCAUGGAGGUGAAGAGGAUUGUGUAUGACGAGCCGGGGGAGAAGGCGGAGACGAACCUUGUCUUCAACUUCUUCCUUGACUGCAGAGACGCUAUGGGUGCAAACAUUGUCAACACGACCGCCGAGCAUCUCACGGAGGAGGUGGAGAAGAUCACAGGAGGGAAGGUUGGACUUCGGAUCUUGUCAAACUUGGCCGAUCGACGUCUCGUCCGCUCCAGCGUGAAGAUUCCAUUUGAUCGUCUUGCCACCAAGGAUAUGGACGGAAAGGCUGUCGCGCAGGGAAUCGCAGCGCAGCAGCAGCAGCAGCAGCAGCAGCAGCAGCAGCAGCAGCAGCAGCAGCAGCAGCAGCAGCAGCAGCAGCAGCAGCAGCAGCAGCAGCAGCAGCAGCAGCAGCAGCAGCAGCAGCAGCAGCAGCAGCUUGAUGAGAUC